AUGUCCCGCCUACCCUACCCCAACUACCACACCCUGCACGCCAAAUCCUUUCCCACUCUCAACAUCAUCAAACUGCUGUUCCAUAGUGCCGCCACCGUCGACCACUGGACCGCCCUAGGCAAUGCACAAUUCAAACACCUGUCCCUCGCAGACCGCGACCGCGAGCUGGUGAUCAUGCUAACGACAGCCAAAUUCCAGUCGACCUACGAAUGGACCCACCAUGUGCCCGUGGCUGGAGUCACCAGAGCACAGCAGUACGCGCUGGCAGCAUCAUCGAAACAGUUCAGCUACUUCAUCUACGGGAAACAUAGUCCCGAGGCGGGGUUCAACCCGAGAGAUCUUGCGCUCCUGACGUUUGUGGAAACCAUCAUCUAGUAGCCGGAGGUCGGCGACGAGCUGUGGAAGCGUGUCAGGCAGGAAAUUUCGGAAAGGAAGAUUGUGGAAAUUAUCUCGCUUCAGGUUCGUCUCUUCUGUGUGACAAGAUGGCAGGGCAAAGUUGUUGAUUGGGUUCUAGAAAUUCUGCUAUGCGUUUUCGAGGUUGG